AUGAAACUCACAGCGACGGUCCUGGCUCUCCACCUCCCCUCUCUGGGUCUGGCCUCAGUCUAUAAUGACUGGGCAUUCUCAGAGGCACCUUCGGCUGGAUUGAGCGAUAUAACUUUCCCUAUGAGCAUGGAAGGGGCACCUCGCAAGAGUGGUUUCUACUUUGCCCAGCAGUUCGGCUUUCACGGGGUUAAUGAUAUUGGUUAUACGGGGCUACAGCCGCGUCCCGACAACCAACGUAGACAGGUCGUCCAUGCAGUCUUUUCCUCAUUCCAGAAAGGAACGACUACCAAGCAUAAGAACUGCUCCCCGGGCGCAGAUGGUGGUGCCGGAGUUAGCUGCGCCCUUGACAUUUUCGGCGACUAUUCUCACGUCUACAAUCUCACGGUGUGGAACACUGGCGGCACAACCUGGAGAGGAACUCUUCUCGACACCGUCACUGGAAAGUCUCAUGUAAUCGGCGAAUGGACGCUCCCAUCUUCCGCAGGCAAAAUACUGAACGGAGAAUCCGGUUUUUUUGAGUACUACAACUGGAACGAUGGUAAACCCAGCCACGUUUGUUCUAAGCUUCCCUUCUCGCAAGUCUUCUUCGGCAACCCCACUUCAAAGACACAAGGAGCUAGUGGUGGCAACAUUACCCGCGUUUAUGAGGAAGGGGAAUGUGUCGGAAAGCUCAACCUGAAGGCCACCCAGACUGGCAGAGGAUAUCGGAUCCAAGCUGGUUUUAAAUACUCCGUCGGUGGUUCGCACGGCGCCCUGAGAAUCCCUUCUGAUAGACGGUACUACGUGGUCGGCCCAACGCUGCAGUCGGCAGAAAACAUUGGCAGCGUAGCAAUGACCGGGUUUCCGAAGCUUGCAUGGUCAGUCAUUGGGCUGAGACCAAGCUCUGCCGGCUUUGUUGUUGCUAGACAUGAUACGACGAACACAACCCUCUGUUGGGGCAUCAAGUUCAUCGCGGAUGACCAAGCAGUUCAGCAGAGACUUUCUGAAAGCAUUCGGAGCUUUCACACCGCAGCAAGUAGUGAGGGUGGUCUUCCUACCCACUCUGAGAUUUGCGAAGCAAACAUACCGUACCUAGACGCAGUUAUUGAGGAGAUGCUUCGGCUUGCUCAUACAGCAACCAGUCAAGAUCGAGAGUGCAAAGAAGAUACAGUCAUCUUGGGCCAUGUCAUCCCCAAGGGUACCACCGUCAUCGUCCCAAACCGGGGUCCAAGCUUUACUGAGCCGGGAUAUGAGAUCGAGGAACGCCUGCGGAGCCCAUCUUCGAGAAAAGCAGCCACCGAUUUUAGUUCCAGGGUCUAG